AUGUCCAAACAUCCUACUAAGGAAGGCAUGGUGAAACUCACUAAUGAUGUACCCUUCUUCUGGUGGAAAUACCAUGGCCGUACAAACUACAUCAUCGUAUUAUUAAACGGUGUAAAUAUUAAUCCCCUAUUAAUGGAAGGAAUCCUCAUUUCACAUCCCAAAGUCGUUUGCAGCCUUCUCACAGGAACAGAAAAGGUAAAAGCUGCCUGGCUAAUAGAGGUUGUUCAUCCGCCACAGAAUGAAGAAGAGACUACUUCCUUGAUAGAAGAACUCUGUCCUACUGUCGAGAAAGCAAAUGAUGCCACUUAUCGUACGGAAGGCAAGGUUUCCAAAGAUCACAUCAUCUUCACUUCGAAAGACAAGCCGAUGCUGAGAGCUGGAGAAGGAUCCGUCCCGCGGAAAUUUAACUUGUGGAAUUUUCGGCGGGAGCUGGAUGCCCUGUAUGAAUGA